AUGGCAGAUUCACCGGGUAGUCAUCGCAGCACGGCAUUCACAGAUUCUGAUGGCUUGACGCGAGGCGCACGGGGUCUACCCGACGAUUUGCAUGCCCGAAGCCCAGAAGAACCAAAAUAUCUGGUACAACCGCCUCCUCAACAGAUCACAGUCCCCGAAUAUGUGGACAAACCGCAGCGUCGCAUCUGCGGGCUGGUCCCAUCAUCGUUCUGGCUGCUGCUAGCCCUAAUCGUGGUGAUUAUCGCGGCAGCCAUCGGCGGCGGCGUAGGCGGAUCACUAUCAGUGAAGCACUGUAACGACAACCUCUCGCAGUGCCGAUCGCACGCCGACUCCUUAGCCUCCGACAAAAAAUCCAGCUCGACCAAUUGCCCCUCCACCACCAACACAACCAGCUCAUCCGCGCCCGCCGACCCAACCACCGGUUGCAAGCCCGAAGACGGUAGUGGCGCGCCGAGCGGCUCAUCGGACGAGUACUCGACGCAUGUCCGUUCGCCCAACGCCCCGGCCAAGUUCAAGAAGUACUGUGGCAGCAACAUGAGCAACCGCGACCAGGCUGCAAUUAUCACCCAGAGCUGGGAGAACUGCAUGGAAGCCUGUGGUGUGUUUAACAUCAACAACAUGCCCAACCAGACGUGUUUUGCUGUCGCGUUUGUCCCCAGCUGGACCCAGCCUGAAUAUUCCCUGGGGAAUAUCUCGGCAUGGGCCAACUGCUUCCUCAAGGCAGAGAAUACUUCUAUCCAGCGUCUAGAUAGCCCUAACACUGUCCUGGCAGUCCUGGAAUCGGACUGA